UCUGAUGGAUUUUGAAAGAUCAGAUAAUUUUGUUUUGAAUGUGGGUAUGCUAUUAUUGAUUAAAUUUUGUUCAAGAUAAGAUUAUGUUAGGGACAAAUUACGCCCAUGACCCCAGUGCAUUUAAUUAACUUUUGAAGUUAUGAGGUAAUAAGUUUAGGUCACCGCAAUAUUUUUCUCCAACAGAGAAAGCAAGAAUGUUUUUAAAUAAAUAAAUCCAUUUGUUACUUUGUAAAGGUAACGUUAUAAGUGAAACUACAAUGUUCACUAAACCUAAUAAAGUACAAUUUCAAGAUCAGCAGUUAGACGAUUAUGUUCUUGAGAACUCCGUUCUUAAAAGUAAACUGCAAAGUAAAAUUGAUGCACUAUCCAUUAUGAGCAAAGAACUAGACAAAUGCAGUAUGGAACGAGAUAGAUUUAAAAUUUUAGUGGAGCAGUUGAAAUGCAAGAAAGUUCUCCAGGAGAAUACCAACAGCUGGGAUAGAUUUGCACCAACUAAUACAAUAAGUGGCAGUGAAAUAUUAGCAAAGACUAAAGAGCAUAAUAAUAUGCUUAAAUUGGAGGUUGAGAUGUUGAGAAGCAAUUUAGAAGAAGCAAAUGGUGAUAUAAUAGCAUUGAGGAAUCAAUUUAAAAAAGAGCAAAACUAUGAAGAAUUUAAUGGUAACAAAAGAUUAUGUCUUACAUCAAGAAAUGAUUACGAGCAACUUGUACAGGAAUUAGAAAAAGUUAAGAAAAAGUAUCAACAAAUACAAUUAGAUUACAGAGCAACAUUAGAUGACAAAGAAGAGCUGGUUUCAGACCGUGACUACUACAAGAACAAGGUCCAACGUUUGAAUCAACAAAUUAGCUAUAUCCUCAAUAACAGAACGAAGUCGCAAGCAGAAAAUGAUACCCCAAAACCUAUAGUCGAUAUUGAUGCAAUUUUAACAGAAAACAAAUACUUACAUGAGAGAAUUACACAACUUCAAGUUGAAAAGGAAAUUGUGAAAAGAACACUAACAAAAUACAAGUUUUUGCUGGACAAUAAGAGCAAAAAUGAAACUUGGAAUUUGAAGAAAGGAUAUGCAGAUGUCAUGACACAAAAACAAGUACGUGAAUAUUUGGAAAUCAACUCGAAAACAGGAUUGAAAAGGAACUCGGCAGCUGAACUGAAAUCUUUGUGCUUGGGAUUGUUUGAAGCAUUAAAUGACAAAUCGAUAGCGCUUCAACACCAGCGGAGAACGAAUCAAAUACUGGCAAACAGAAUAACCGAGCUGGAAAAAACAUUAGAGAGUUGGUGUAACGGCGAGAAGUGUAUACCAUCUUUUCCGUCUCAAAUGCUGAUAGAAGAACUCCUAGAUGCUGGUUCAGUUAAAUCUGCUGAAUGCAGAGAAAAAUCGGAGAGGGAACCUCUUGAGAAUUUGACAAAUAAAAUUACCUCUGACAGCGAAGAUGAAAUUUCAAAAGGCAACGAUGAUUCGUCUGUGGAUUUAAACCACGAAAAUGGCAGUGGCGAUAGUAGAAGUCUGAAAAAAAUAGUCCUUCCGCAAGAGCUAGAAGAGUUGGUUAAGGAAGCUCUUGCUGAAAUAAAGUCUGUGCAAUAAUUGAAAGCAAUAAUAUAUAUUGCCAUCCAAUUCACUAACUUACGCAAUAAGUUGGCAACUGGUCGUCUUUAUACGACGCAUAAUUUGAUAGCAACAGUUGUAAACUAAUUGCAUAUUUUGUAUGGAGAUAACAGUUGGCCACUGCUUGACUACUGUCUGAAAAGUUACUGAAUAGGAGAGCUGGUCGAAAGUCAUUCAUUGCUGCAUAAAAGAAAGACGAAGAUACUCUGGCAAUUAUGACAUUAGUAGGUUCAAAAUAACAUAUAACACCUACUUUAAUAGCAUAUCGAAUAAAAAAUAUUACCUCAAUAUCAAGUGCUUGUACAUUUAUCUUUUUUGUAUAUUAUAAGAUUUUUAGUUGUAGUUAUUAUUUAUUUUAAUUUGUAUUUCAUAUAGUAACUGUACCAAAGAGUAAAACCAAUCUAGUCUGUUUUAAUGUUAUCAUUAAAGUG